AUGAAGACACACGUGCGAAAAGUUGGACUGAUCGGAGCCUUUUUACUGGUAACGUACAUCGUCACCUUUAUGAUCACAAGCUGGAGACAAGUGAAAUCUUCCUCUGAAGGAGUCACAGAUGAGGACUUUGUGAACAGAAAACUGGACAGGAUUGAAGAGACACUAAACAAACUGGCAUUGUUAAUGGUGGCGUCGGGUCAGAAGAGCUCCUCCAAUGAACUUCUCCCAAACGUGGAACAACAAAAACGGAAGCCUGUCGUGCCAAAGUUAUUCCCGGACUCCUACCUGUUUGAGAACUGGGGUGACGACCUGUCAGAACAGGACCAAAAGGAGGCUCAAGGCCUUUUUGAGAUUUACGGAUACAACGUCUUCCUGAGUAAUCGAUUACCACUCGACAGGAAGAUUCCGGACACAAGAGAUGGCAGAUGUCUGCGGAAAAAGUACCCCAAAGACCUGCCGACCGUCAGUGUGGUGCUGAUCUACAUAAAUGAGGCUCUUUCUGUGAUUCAGAGGGCAAUCCGAAGCAUCAUCACCCACACUCCGAAAAAGCUGCUGAAGGAGAUCAUUCUGGUGGAUGACUGCAGCACUUACAAUGAUCUUGGGAAAAAGUUACAAGACUACAUAGAUCUGAUUCACAAGGAGAGACCUGGACUCAUAAAGAAAGUGCGGCAUCGGCGACAAAUGGGCCUGUCCCAGUCCCGGAUCUCAGGCUGGGAGCAUGCCACAGCUGAUGUGGUGGUCAUUUUAGAUGCCCACAUAGAAGCCACGGAGGGAUGGGCAGAACCUCUGCUGGCCAGGAUCAAAAUGGACCGGACUGUGGUGGUGUCCCCUGUGUUUGAUAAGGUCCAUUUUGAUGAUCUGCACGUGGAACCGUACGUGGCAUCUUCACACGGCUUUGACUGGGCGUUGUGGUGCAUGUACGAGUCCUUCAGCUCUGACUGGUUGAAGGUGGAGGAUUAUUCACAGCCCGGAAAGAGUCCCUCUGUUAUGGGAAUCUUUGCAGCAGACAGACGUUUCCUCGGAGAAAUCGGCGGCCUUGACGGCGGCAUGACUAUCUACGGAGGAGAGAACGUUGAACUUGGGAUUCGUGUGUGGCUUUGUGGAGGAAGCGUGGAGGUUGUGCCUUGUUCCAAGAUAGCGCACAUUGAAAGGUCUCAUAAACCGUACGCGCCUGAUCUCAGCAACGCCAUGAAGAGGAACGCGCUGAGAGUCGCGGAGAUCUGGUUGGACGAAUACAAGAAAAACCCAUUUAUCGCCUGGAACGUCCCUCUUGAGAAUCACGGGAUUGAUAUCGGUGACGUUUCGGAGAGAAAAAAGCUCAGAGAAAGGCUGAAAUGUAAACCGUUCAAGUGGUACAUAGACAACGUCUAUCCAAGCCUGGAAACAUGGGACAACCUCCUGGGCUACGGUGUGCUGCAGAACUCCUUUAUUAAGGGCAGCUGUGUGGACCAGGGACCUGUUCCAGGAAACAUCCCCGUCUUGUACGAGUGCCACUUCCAAGAACCACAGUACUGCUACUACAACACCGACAGCGAGAUCAUCAUCGGAUUGAUUAAAUCUCACAAAUAUAACACCAACCGCUGCCUGGUUGACCCCGGCGCUGGAAGCACUCCAACUCUGCACGAGUGUCAAAUGGCGAAGACAAACAGUCUGAACAUGCACUGGGACUUCAAACAGGGCCAAGCAAUAAGGAACAAGGAGACCAACAGGUGUCUGGAGAUCGCUCAGGGAGAAGACUCGUACUAUCAGCUCAUCAUUCAGCAGUGCAGCGGGCAGAGCUGGACCAUCGAGCAUGUCGUCACAAGCUUUUAG